AUGCAGCUGGUGAAGGAGACGUCGGCUAACAUUGCGGCAUCCGCGAAGGCCGGGCUAGACAAGACUAAAACUGUUUUGGAGGAAAAGGUGGAGAAGAUGAUAGCAUGUGAUCCAGUGGAGAAAGAGAUGGCGGCACGAAAGAAGGAAGAAAAGAUCAAAGAGGCUGAGUUGAGGAAGCAGGUAGCCAAAUCUCAAAGCACUGCGGCGACAACGGGGGGUGGUGGUGGUGGUGGUGUAGGCUACACGGCCAUCGGUGCACAAGAAAUGCCGACAAUGCAAGCCACGGAGUAGGGCAUCCCAGUAGCCAUGUGACUGAGGGUGUAGUGGUUGGUUCACAAAACCCUGAGGAUGUGAUGGGGUCACAGCACCCUGCGACUGCCGGGACUGGCACUGGUGGCAGGACCACCAGCACUGGCUUUUAGGAUUGGUGCUGAUUAUUUUUGAGUUGGUUCUUUGCUGUGAUCAGAAAAAAGGUUUGUGGUCUGAUAUGCAUGGUGUUCUGUUCUGUCCAAGAACUUGUGCUGUGUGAAUGUGCAUGCGUCUAGAGUCUUUUGGGAGUAUGGAACUAGUUAUAGUAAUAUACUGGUCAUGUAUAGACUAGUUACAGUUGUAAUUUAAGAUGUUUUCCCCUAUGGAGUCGAAAUAAGUCUAUUGGCACCUGAGAUUUCUCUCGUAUUAAUAUCCUAAUCUUGGUGUGGAU